AUGGCGAGUGAUACCGUGAGUAAGUCCUCUGAGAUCGUGGCAGAGGACCUCAACAAGUUGUUCGAUGCUGGCGACGAGGCUAAAGUGGAGUUUGAGCUUCAAUUCCUUACUCAAGUCGCUUGUGCUCAUUCAACCCCAGAACUGCUUCCCGAAACCAUAAAGGAGUCUCGAAUCUUCAGUUUCGGAUAUCCUACAGACUUUGCGACAUUCUAUCCUAUUGUCACUCCUGAAUCGAUUGCGCAUACGACCAUCGAUAAUCAUUCGAGUUCGUUGAUCUUGAAAUUGGCUAACGAAAGACGUGAGACUAACACGUCAACUCGUCCAAUUAUCUUCGUGGCACAUUCGCUCGGAGGUCUCGUAGUUGCCAAUGCGCUUGCAAGCCAUUAUGGUUCGGAUGCUCAAGGCGAGGAAAUUGUCGAAAACACUUGCGGGGCGAUCUUCCUCGGCACACCCUUCAAAGGCUCCGACAAAGCUAUAUGGGCAAAGAUGGCAAAGAGGGUCCUGGGCAUGUUUGGUGACAGCACUGAUCAGACGAUCCGAGACCUUGACAAGCGUUCCGCGAAGCUACAACAGAUCAGCAUUGAUUUCCACAUGCUUUUGCAGAAGCGAUACACCUCAAAAGAUCUGAGACCCAUUCAAGUUGCAUGCUUCUUCGAACAGAAAACGACGAGCAAGACAUGGUGGAAGGCCAAGAGUGACCUUGGACAGAUCGUGACUGCCGACUCAGCUACACUGGCGGGAUACAAGCCGAUUGGAAUUAGUGCAGACCAUAUAACGAUGUGCAAGUUCCCCGAUGUACAGACUCCGGGGUAUAAAGAUGUGACGGGGAAGAUGAAGCUCAUGAUCUUAAACUUGGAUAAAAAGACAGAGGACAUGAAUAAAGUAGCACAAACCGUCAUAACAUUCGGCGACUUCAAGGGAGGUGACAAUAAUAUCAGUCUAGGAGGCUUCAUGAUGGGGCACGUAGUAGGCACUACUAAGGAUGCGGUGAAUCUCAACCUCGUCAAUAAUUGGGGGAGCUCUUCAAGCGGCCCGUCUCUAUUGGAGACUACUCUAGCAGAGCAACAGAAAAGGAUACAGGAGAGCUAA